AUGGCCCGGGCUUCCUUCUGGCUUGCGGAUCGUUAUUCUGCGUCGGCGGCAUGCUCGCAGGUCGGUAUAUUUCAGAAUCUCAACCCAACUUUUGAAACGGACGAGUUAACAACCGGUAACAAGCGUGUGUUGUGUCGCCAUCCCGCUCUCCCCUCCCUUCCAGACUCCCCGCUGUUAUUACAGGAUCGGGGCUGUUUCCUCUACCGGGAUCACUAUUAUGAUUAUGUGGCCGAGGAGCUGCCCUGGGCACGAGCAGAGAGGUGGUGCCGCCAGAGAUUUGGAUUCCUGGCUGCAGUCAGCACAGCAGAAGAUAACCAGAAAAUGACCAGCAUCAUGCAGGCGAUGAGGGUGACGAAAGCCUUAUGGAUUGGUGCUAAAAUCAAGGAGGGAGGCCCUGGUACUUUUGGUUCACACAUUCUGACCUUUUCCGGCCGAACUGACACCAAAUAUGCCAAGCUUCUGAAGCAGUUCCCUCAGUUGCAUUCGGUCACCGUUUGCGCUCAAGUGCAGUUUGAUUCAAAUUAUGUGGGAGUUUCCACGGUCUUCUCCUAUUCAGUGCCUUCAUUUAUCAACGAGUUCCAGCUCCGCGCGAACAUUGUCCAGGGGCAGCACAUUCAGCUUGCGCUGCUCGUCCAUGGUGUGCACAGCCCUUACUCACAGGCGGUUGACAAUAAUGGUCGCUGGCACCAUCUCUGUGUGAGGUGGGCCCGCCAGGGCGGGGAUUGGGCCAUCGCAGCCGAUGGGGCUGUCAUUUCAUCCGGGGAGCAGCUUUACGUCUCAGAUGACAUCGGAGCGGGCGGUGUGUUCAUCAUUGGCCAAGAGCAAGACACCUUUGGGGGAUCGUUUAAGAAGGAUGAAUCUUUCGUCGGGAAUAUUACCCAGCUCCACAUUUGGGACCGUGUAUUGAACGCUGAUGAGAUUCGAGCUUUAGUGGAAGAUUGUUUGGUCAUUUCGCUGGGAUUGUUCUUCCAAUGGAAUAUUUCCAGCUUUGAAAUUGAAACAUCGUUGCAGGUCCAUGAGGGAUUUUCACAAUGUAAAGAUAUAUAUGAACAAAUGCAAAACUUGUCUUCUCUUCCACCCUCUCCAUUUUUCCUUCAAGUUAAAGCAAAUUCCAUUCGUGUUUCAAUCGCAGAUUAUUUGCUGCUGAACCAAAGCGAUUACCCAGAAAAUGUGUCUGUUGCAAACUACAUCACCAGCUUGUUGUGUGAAGCUGCAGAUCAAAGCCACGCUAAACUCACCUCUACUGACUUGCUUGCGUUGACGAGAUUUCUCAGAAAUGUUGCUGAACUGGAUUUUGAAAGUGAAGCGAGUAAUUCCAAAACAAUUUUGAGCUUGGCAACUAACUACAUUAAAUUGGCAAGCAAAAUCAUAGAUGUCAAGUAUUCCUUGGAAUGGCUCUUGAUAUCCGAGGUGAUCCGUGGACCCUAUGUUAUCAUUCACAGUGUUGAUACACUUGCUGAGAAACUGUCUGAUAUUUUAUUUUCUAUUGGACCAAGUAUUGUCCUGUCAACAGAAAAUAUAGACAUGCAGUUCAAAGUAAGCCGGUUAUCCAGUUUGGGAAGUGAUCUUGUUUACAAACCUAAAUGUCUCUCUGCCCGGAAUCGAGCGGAUGAAAUUCAGGUUCCUGACUCGGAGAUGUCCCGGCUUCUCUCUUCUGGGUACAGUGAAUUGAUAUUUAUAAAUGCUUACUAUCGGAGUGUGGAGCAUCAUUUGGCACCUCAUAACCUCGAUUCUGUAUUACUAGCUGGGAGAUCAGACAAACGUUUGCAGAUAAAUCAACUUCAAACAGCUGUUAUCUCUUCAACUGUACGUGAUCCAGUCAGAGCAAGAAACAUCCCCACUGCUGUACAGUACUCUCUCUCACACAGGCCCGUGGUUGGAUAUUCAAAAGUGGCCAUCCCAGCUUGUGUGUUUUGGAACUUCAGUCUUCUAGAUGGACAGUAUGCGGGAUGGUCAAACCAAGGUUGCCAAGUGAUCCAGUUUGAGUCUGAGAUCACAAUCUGCUUCUGUAACCACACAACCAACUUCGCUGUGUUAAUGCAAUUCACAGAAGUACAGUGGGGUUUGGCGACGGAGGUAAUCUUAAACAAGUUGACAUUCAUUGGAUCUGGAGCCUCACUGUGUGCCCUUGUGGUUACCUUGACCCUUUUCACGGUGCUGGAUAUUCCAAAAUCUGACCGAACCUCCAUUCACAAGAACCUGUUUGUAGCUCUGAUUGCAGCCCAGGUGAUACUACUGAGCAGUGACUCAGCAACAAAUAGUGAGGCUGCCUGUACUGCUGUGACUGCCCUUCUGCACUUGUUCUUCAUGGCUGCUUUUGCAUGGAUGAUGGUGGAGGGACUGCUCCUCUGGAGUAAAGUGGUUACUGUCAAUUUAAGUGAAGAACGGAGAAUGAAGUAUUACUAUCUAAUAGGCUGGGGUCUCCCUGUCCUAAUAGUGACCAUCACACUGGCAGCAGCACAUGACAAGUACAUUUCAGACAGACACUGUUGGUUGAAUGUUCACAAUGGAGUGAUUUGGGCCUUUGUUGGGCCAGUUAUCUUCAUCAUUAUGGUGAACAUGUUUGUGCUCACACGUGUUGUACUGAUCACUAUGUCAACUGCCAAGCGCCGGGCCACCAUGCUUGCUGUUAACAGCAGCCCCAUCGAGCAAGCCUACGAUCAGAUUAGGGCUGCCGUGAAAGCUGUGCUGGUGCUUUUGCCCAUUCUCGGCCUCACAUGGCUCUCUGGUGUCCUGGUUCCACUCUCUGUUGUCAUGGCGUACAUCUUUGUGAUACUCAAUUCCCUGCAGAUAAGGAGUACAAUCAAAAGACUAAAAGAAAGAAGAAGAGCUCUGAACUUUUCAAAUUGUGCCACUUCCCGACCAUCAAGCUCUUUGACCAGCUCCAGACCUGCUAGUUCACCUGUGACAGGGUCGGAGAGCCUUGCUAAAGAUGAUGGGUUACAGGUUACAGAUGGACUCAACCUGCAAGGCAUUUGCAAAAUGUCCUUCUAUGACAACAGUGUUGUAUAUGAAAAUCCAGCUGCUGCGAAUGAGAGGUGCUGCAUGCCUCACUGUCUGGAGAAAUGUGUGCAGCCUUCAACUGCGGGCUGUGAAACUGGUGACUCUUCUGAGGCUGGUGAACCUGUUUUUGCACCUCGUGUUCCUAAUGGAGGUUAUUCCACUAAGUGCCCUACGCCUUGCAGCUCCAGACAGUAG